UUACGGACAGAAACGUCGUCCGGUCUUCAUUUCGGACCUGAGUACUAGUUAUGACUAACAUUAUAACUUGCAGUUACCAAGAAUGUUGAAAUAUUGCAAUCAUAAAAUUCUUGCUUGCAUAUUUACUGUUAUUUCCAUCUCGAAACACACAACGGUUAAAUAUACAACGGUUUAAUAUAUAUGGACAUUUAUGAGUAAAUUUUGAAUGGAUUUUCGUAUAAAAAAUUUUUCCUCCAAAAUCUAAUUCUUAUUCAAUAAGAGACUCACAGUGAACUGUGAGUCUCUUACAUACAUAUAGUAUAAAAUGCAAAAUAUUUAAUUUUCGGCAACCAAAUUGACGUUAUUGUGGUUGAUGGGGUUCGACACUGGAGGAGUAGUGGAGCCGUUUGGUGUGGUCUUGUGGGAUGAACAUAACUGUGGGGGACCAGGGAUGAGCCAUGAGGUUGCCCACAACACUACAACUAUCCCCGUCAUCCCGUGGCCCUCACCCGUCAUCCCCCUAAUCAUCAGCAGCGUGUACAACAACGACAGCAGGGAGAGUAUAGAGGUGGGCAUCAGGCUGCUAGAGUUGUAUACGUGUGUUAAGUUUGUGAAGCCCAAGAUAAGGAGAUUCCAAGUCAUGGAGCCGUAUGUGAUGGUUUCCAACGGCAAGGGAGGAUGCAACGCUAGGGCUGGCUUCGAUCACACUCCAGGCUUCAUUUCCUACGUUCACUUGCACUCCCCUGAGUGCAUCCGACGCGUCGGACACGUCAUACACGAGCUGAUGCACGUUCUAGGUUUUUAUCACGAGCACCAGCGACAGGACCGGGACGAACACAUCAGGGUCAUCUACGAGAACAUCCUACCGGAACACGAGUUCAACUUCCGUAAGAUGUACGACGAGACCUUUGGCUUGCCGUACGACGUAGCCUCCGUCAUGCACUACGGCACUCGAGGGUUCUGUAAGAACUGUUCUAGGGAUACGAUCGAGGCUCUUCCAGGAGAACGCAACGCCCACAUGAUGGGACAGAGACUGAACCUCAGUAGGACCGACGUGGCCCGGGUAAACCGACUCUACGACUGCGGGGAGAUGUACCUAGGGGACGACCUGCCAGGGGCCGUUCCUUACCGGAUAUGGAGGAUGAACCAAAAAAGAGACGUAGUAGGUUUUGCCAACAGAUACCUUCAACUCAGCCCCUGAAGUCGAAAUAUAUUUAACUAAAGUUUGGAAUUCCUUGCAGACUUUUUAAUAUAUUUAAACUUCAGGGGUAUAUUUGAUUUUUUUCCUUAAUAAAUCUCCAGAGAGUUCGCAAAGAGAUGCAACUUCCUUCUAACAUCACCUCCUUCCCCUGACCUUUACUUAUAACACAGCCAUUACAACUGCAUCUCCUCCUCCUCCUGCCCUUCACCUGUAACUUGUCAAAACACCUGUUAUUCUUUUAUGAUCAUUUGUAAUACCAAAAUCAACAUACAUAAACUCGACAGAGAGCGGGUAGAGGAUCGAGCCUCCAGCACUCCUUACUCUGAAUAAGCCAUACAGGUUUAACGCUUCGCUGAAUGAAAUCUAAUCUAGCGGCUACUAAGACUUAAUCACAUAUGCACAUAAAUAGAGAAAAUCUAUAGACGGGAGCAGAGUGUAAACGGAGACUGUGUAUAUUUCGAUCUUCGUCUGAGAUCUUCUUCAGUACAGGAGAGUGAAAAAUCUUGGCUUAUUUUUAUUAAAAAAGUUUACACUCUCCUGGGUAUCUCUAAUACCCUCGCAUUCACCUGGGUAUCUUUAAUACCCUCACAUUCACCUGGAUAUCUCUAAUACUUUUAUAUUCACCUGGGUAUCUAUAAUACCUUCACAUUCACCUGGAUAUCUCCAUUACCUUCACAUUCACCUGGGUAUCUCCAGUAUCUUCACAUUCACCUGGAUAUCUCCAGUACCUUCACAUUCACCUGGGUAUCUCCAGUAUCUUCACAUUCACCUGGAUAUCUCUAAUUCCUUCAA